AUGCUUGAGCGUCCCUGGUCAAUCACUUUCACCGAGCAAGAUCUUCAACGCAUCCAAACACCCUAUAGCGACGCUCUGGUGGUCACGGUGCAAAUCUCAACUCACUCCAUCAAAAGGGUGCUUAUAGAUCAAGGAAGCUCGGCUGAAGUUAUGUACUUAUCGCUCUUCAAGGAGCUCAAAAUCCCAGAGUCGUGCCUUCUCCCAGCAGAAGUUCCCUUGAUUGGAUUCAGUGGAACUCCCGUUUGGCCUCUCGGUAGGAUUACCCUCCCCGUCGUUACCGGCUCGGUUGCUUAUAAUCUGGAGUUCGUCGUCGUGGACGCCCCGAGCCCAUACAACGCAAUCCUUGGUCGAAAUUGGCUCCAUUCAAUAAAAGUCGUCGCCUCAACCUACCACCAGGUGGUCAGGUACAUCGGCGCUAACGGCAAACAAGAAGAUCUGUUCGGAGACCAAUUACAGGCCAGACAAUGUUAUGUCUCGGCCAUCAGAAAGACAUCAAGCUCCAAACGAGUACAUUGGGUUGAAAUCCCUGAAAAACCGGUUCUCGAGGACGUCGGAUCUCUUCCUGAAGAAAAAUCCAUUGAAGAUCUUAUCAAAUUCCCACUCAACGAGGAUGCAUCACGAUAUUUCAUGCUCGGCGCCGAUUUGCCCAAAACCAAGAGUGAAGAAACGUUUCAGUUCCUAAAGACCAACAUUGAAGUCUUUGCUUGGACGCCGUACGAUAUGCCAGUAAACGAAGAAGUGGACAAACUCCUCGAGGCUGGUGCCAUUAAAGAAGUGCAAUACCCCACUUGGCUUGCGAACCCUGUGGUGGUAAAGAAGAAGAAUGGAAAAUGGAGAGUCUGCGUGAACUACACCAACUUGAAUGAUGCUUGCCCAAAGGACUGCCUACCACUUCCAAAGAUAGAUCAAUUAGUAGAUGCAACAGCGGGUCACGCUCGGCUGAGUUUCUUGGAUGCCUAUAGAGGUUACCACCGAAUAGCCAUGGACCCCGACGACAUGGAAAAGACGGCAUUCAUCACCCCCAGGGGCCUCUUCUGCUACCUGGUUAUGCCGUUCGGUCUUAAGAAUGCGGGGGCCAUAUUUCAAAGAAUGGUAUACCUAUUGUUCGGAAUGCUCAUCGGAGAGAUCAUGGAAGCCUAUAUUGACGAUAUGGUCGUCAAAAGUCUCAAAGCCGAGAACCACCUCUCUCAUCUUGCCGAGGUCUUCGCAUUACUGAAGAAGCACAAGCUACGGCUAAAUGCCGACAAAUGCGCCUUCGGAGUUAGUUCCAGGAAGUUCCUCGGUUAUUUGGUCACUCGGCGUGGAAUCGAAGCAGAUCCGAACCAAAUCUCAGCUAUUCAGCAAUUAAAACCACCAUCAACUCCUCGGGAAAUUCAGAAGCUAACAGGGAUGGCAGCGGCCCUCAACAGGUUUAUUAGCCGCUCAUCAAAUAAAUGCCACGUCUUCUUCCAAACUCUUAAAAAGCAAAGCCGACGAAGUUUCAAGUGGACGGAAGAUUGCAACGCAGCCCUAACCGAGCUGAAAUCUUAUCUUUGUUCGGCCGCGCUUCUCGUCAAACCAAAAGCUUUUGAAACUCUCCAUCUCUACUUAGCUGUCUCUCCACAUGCUGAGCACCUCAUCAUAGUCCUCACAGAGUUUCCACUUAAAAACCUCUUAAGGAAGGCCGACCUAUCAAGCCGGGUAUCUCAGUGGGCGGUCGAGUUAGCAAAUUUUGAUAUCCAUUUUGAGCCUCGAACAGCAAUCAAGGCCCAAGUAUUAGCAGACUUCAUUGCAGAAUUCACCCCUGGAAGCCCGGACGAAAAAGCAUUGGUUAAGCCUAAUUAUGGAAUGCUAGAACAACAAGAGGCUCGGAAAACGUGGAACUUAUUUAGUGGAGACGUUUGGAAGCUGCACAUUGAUGGGGCAUCAAACAGCAACGGUGCGGGUACAGGGGUUGUCCUUCUGCUCGUCAACCAAGUAACAGGUGAUUAUGAAGCUCGGGACCCAAGGAUGAUAAAGUAUCAGGCUACGGCUCUUGAGCUAAUCCGAGGGUUCAAGGGAUUCCACAUUGAACAGAUCAACAGAGAGAACAACGCACAUGCCGAUGCUCUUACAAGUUUGGCCUCGGCAAGCAAAGCAUCCGAGUACAGACACAUCAGCCUCGGCGAGAUCCACCAGCCAAGCUUCGAAGUCUCGGAAGAAGUUCUCGGCAUUUCCAUCGGCCCUAGCUGGAUGGAUGAGAUCGUCUCGUUCCUCAAGAAUGACACGCUCCCCUCCGACAAAAAGGAGGCCCACCAUUGGGUGGAAGCCGAGCCACUAGUCACAACAACUGAAGCAGACGUUCGGAGAUUUGUUUGGAGGAACAUCGUCACAAGGUUCGGCGUGCCUUAUGCGAUUGUUUCAGAUAAUGGCUCCCAAUUCGUCGGCAAAGAGUUAACAGGACUUUGCGCUGAGUUCGGAAUCAAGUUUUUCAAUUCAACCUCAUCCUACCCCCAGGGCAACGGCCAGGCCGAAGCAACAAACAAGACUGUCUGCGCUGGCAUCAAACGUCGGCUAGACUCUAAACGAGGAAAAUGGGCCGAAGAACUGCCUUGGGUCCUCUGGGCCUACCGCUCCACUCCGAGACGCUCCACUGGCCAAACUCCCUUUGCAAUGGCCUUCGGCAUGGAGGCUGUCAUCCCCCUUGAAUCCAGGUUCCCAACCCUGCGCACUGAAACUUUUGAUCCACAAACCAACAAUGAUGCUAUAGCAAUUGAGCUUAUUUUAGCCGAAGAAAAGCGAGACGUUGCCCAGCUCAAAUUAGCUAACUAUCAGCAGGAAGUCACUCGGGGCUACAAUAGAAACGUAAGGCUCAAGAAGUUCAGAACCGACGACUGGGUCUGGAGGAAAGUUGUCCGAGCCAACCAGAAGACUAAAUUCAAACCAAAUUGGGAAGGACCCUACAGAGUGAUAAGGGAGGUCGGCAAUGGCUCAUACAAGUUGGAAGACAAAGAAGGAAGGGAAAUUGAGAACCCCUAG